AUGGACCACCCGCUGCACUGUGUUGAUUGGAUCCGGCAGGCUCUGAUGUGUAACGUGGAUCUGUCUCUGGAUGCCACUGAGGAUUUCUGGACGUUUGGUCAUGAAAGCCGCCACAACUGCCGUGACUUUAAUGCUGUGCUUUCAUGGACCGAGGAGAACCGUUACCAGGGCUCGCUCGCAGAUCUGCGGAAAAUAACCCCAGCAAUGCCCGCACCGUGGUUACAGGAUUAA